ACGACGACGACGACGACGAAGAAGAAGAAGAAGAAGAAGAAGAAGAAGAAGAAGAAGAAGCGGCGGUGGCGGCGGAAACGGAAAAAGAAGAAACACAUGACGUCACCCGAGGAGCGCCAAGUCUGUACUAGAAGAAAUUGAGAUUUGUCACUCCCUAAACCGGCAUGGACCUUAAACCCUUUGAAGCCGACAACUCUGUCAGCUGCCGCCUUACUUCUCCGAUCCCUGAUGUGUGCAGGUCAGAGGACUGCUGUUUGGGAGUAGAUGAAGCAGGCAGGGGACCUGUACUGGGGCCCAUGGUGUAUGGAAUAUGUUUCUGUCCAGUUUCCAAAAAGGAAGAGCUGAAAAACUUGAAAGUGGCAGAUUCAAAGACCCUGACCGAAGCAGAAAGGGAGAAUCUUUUCCAAAAUCUGGAUGAAGCCAGCAGUUAUGUAGGCUGGGCCACAGAGAUCCUUUCACCCAACACCAUCUCUGUCAGCAUGUUACAGAGGACAAAAUACAACCUCAACGCACUUUCACACGACACGGCCAUUGGUUUAAUACAGUAUGCAUUGGACUGUGGGGUGCAGCUUAAAGAGGUUUAUGUGGACACAGUCGGGCCAGCAGAAAAGUAUGAGGAGAAACUCUCUCAGCGGUUUCCAGGUAUCAACGUGACCGUGAGACCAAAAGCUGACUCCCUUUUCCCCAUUGUCAGUGCAGCCAGUAUCUGUGCAAAGGUUACCAGAGAUCGUGUUGUAAAAGGCUGGAACUUUGCAGAGGAACUAGGAGAUGUGGAUACAGACUACGGCUCGGGAUACCCCAAUGACCCCAAGACUAAAGCAUGGCUGCUGAAGUAUCUAGACCCAGUGUUUGGAUACCCCCAGUUUGUUCGAUUUAGUUGGAGCACUGCUCAAACCCUUAUGGACAGCAAGGCAGUGACUGUUCACUGGGACGAUGACGAGGAGGAUGGGGAGAAGGCAGCACAACGCCAGAACAACAGGUCCAUGUUGUCAUACUUCAGUGCUUCAGCUGGAGCUAACAACCAAAAUCCAAGCCACCAGACGCACCGCUUCUUCACCGAGAGAAGGCUCAGGAGCCUCGAUACACUCGAAGUUUAGAGGAAAAUACACAUAUAGUGGAAAGCAUAAGCUCAAUGUGGGAUUUUCAUAUGCAGCAUAACUGUUCAACCUGAACUGUUGCAAACAAGAUUUUGUGGCUCCAGUGCAAACUUGGAACAAUCUGUGUUUAUCUGUGCUCUAUGUUACCUUUUAAAAUACAAAGAAAAACUAGGAAAAAUGUAAAGUAA